AUAAUACGCACCGGCCCAGUUUAAUCCCUUCUUCACGCUCCCUUCAACAGCCUCUAGCCGCCCCUUGGAAGCCGCCACCUCAUCGCCGUCGCCUGUCUCCCAUGGCUUCUCCGGACUCUUCGAACCCCCUUCCCACCAACGACCAACCUAAAGAAGAAGAAGAAGGCCAGGAAUCUGUCGGAGUGAAAGUCUCCAAAAAGGAGGCUAAUAAGCUGGAGCGCCAGCGCCGCCGCCAGGAAGCCGCCGCCGCCGCUGCCCGUUUGUCAGCCGUCUCCAUCGACAACGCUCCCGAUCCACUCGCCGCCAACUACGGGGACAUCCCCAUGGAUGAGCGCAUGUCCAAGUCAGUCACCGGACGCAAGUGGACAUAUAUCAGCGAUCUGACGGCGGAAUUGAAGGACAAGGAGGUCCUCAUCCGCGCUAGGGUUCAGGCUAUUCGCGAGGUCGGGAAGAAAAUCGCCUUCAUUGUGCUCAGGAAGUGCGGCUUCACCGUGCAAUGCGUGUUGACUGUGGCACCUGAUCUCGUCAGUCCGCAGAUGGUGAAGUAUGCUACCAGCCUGAGCAAGGAAUCCAUAGUUGACGUGCUAGGAGUUGUCUCUAUCCCUAAUGUUGAAAUCAAAGGCGCUACUCAGCAGGUUGAAGUUCAAAUACGCAAACUGCAUUGUCUCGACAGGGCUGCACCAACACUACCUAUCAACAUAGAAGAUGCUUCAAGAAGUGAAGCUGACAUAGAAAAAGCGGCGCAGGAGGGGAAGCAACUUCCUCGUGUGAAUCAGGACACUCGUUUGAAUCAUAGAUAUAUUGAUACUCGUACUGAUGCUAAUCAAGGCAUCUUUCGUGUUCAAUCUGAAGUUGGAAAUGCUUUUAGGGAUUUUUUGCUAACUGAAGGAUUUUGUGAAAUCCACACCCCCAAGUCAAUUAAAGGCUCUAGUGAAGGCGGUGCAGCUGUCUUUAGAUUCUUAUACAAGGGCCAAGAGGCUUGUUUGGCACAGUCACCUCAGUUACACAAGCAAAUGGCUAUAUGUGGAGAUUUUAACCGUGUCUUUGAAAUAGGACCUGUUUACAGAGCAGAGGAUUCUUUCACACACAGACAUCUGUGUGAGUUUAUUGGGCUUGAUGUUGAAAUGGAGAUAAAUGAGCACUACUUUGAGGUGAUGGAUAUUGUCGAUAGACUAUUCGUAUCAUUGUUUGACAGAUUGAAUAAGAACUGCAAGAAGGAACUUGAUGCCAUCGGCAGGCAAUAUCCCUUUGAACCGCUAAAGUAUUCGAGGAAGACUUUACGUCUUACUUUUGAAGUAGGGGUUCAAAUGCUGAAGGAAGCUGGAGUCGAUAUUGAUCCCUUUGGAGACCUAAAUACCGAAUCUGAGAGAAAGUUGGGCCAGCUUGUUUUUGAGAAGUAUGGUACAGAAUUCUAUAUACUUCACCGAUAUCCAUUAGCAGUUCGUCCAUUCUAUACCAUGCCUUGCUAUGACAAUCCUGCCUACAGCAAUUCUUUUGAUGUCUUCAUCCGAGGGGAAGAAAUAAUCUCAGGGGCUCAGCGUAUCCAUAUGCCUGAAAUGCUGGCUAAGCGUGCAGAGGAAUGUGGGAUUGAUGUUAAAACAAUAUCAACAUACAUUGAUUCGUUCAGGUACGGUGCACCUCUACACGGAGGAUUUGGAGUGGGAUUGGAGCGGGUGGUGAUGCUCUUCUGCGCGCUCAACAACAUCAGGAAAACGUCACUAUUCCCUCGUGACCCGCAGAGGAUUGCACCAUGAUCAGCACAACGUACCAAAGCUGCAUCUUGCCAUAAUAAUAAUAAAAAUGAUAAUAUGGUGUAUGAUCUCCUCCUGUUCAAAGAAUCACAUAAUGUGAAUCUGCAUGCCCCUUUAUUUUGGAACCCAUACUUUCCUCUCUCAUAUAUAGAUAUACCGGAUGUAUUAAUUACUCCGUAUGUUUGUGUUAUUUUAAAUCGGAUAAGCUUACAUUUUACCGAUCAAGCAGUUUCUCUUUUUCUAUGUCUCUCUUUUUCCUUUCUCUGGUAAUAGUGGUCUUAUUAAGUAUACUCUUCUCUUGAAUAAGUAUUCAUUCAUUUUCACUAGAAUCCAUGCCAAAGGAGCUGGUAUUGUGCAAGCUAAGUGUCUGCACCUACCUUCUCCAUUAAAGCUAAACAUGGGGU